AAGACAUACUUGACCAGCAAUUCAUGAUAACUUAUUAAGCUCUACAAGUACUCCAGAAAUCACAUAGUAAUUUUAAGUCUCCAUCCACAGCAGUCCUUCUCAAACAACCUUAAGCAAAUCAAUCUGAGUCUUUAGCAGACAAAAAGAAAAUUUUAGACAAAAUGGUUAAGGAAAAUGAAGUGCCUGCAAGCUUGGAAUGGAGGGUGAACAUGCCUAGUGGCUCAUCGCGAAUUUUAGCGCCAGAGUCCAGGCAAACAUGCAGGUUUUUCAGUAGAUUCCAGAACUUAGUUACGGGGAUUGUUUUAAACAUUAAGGACUUCUUUGAGAAGGCAUGGACUUUAGCUGUAAAUGAGCCAAAAAAGGUUAUUCAUUGUCUCAAAGUAGGACUGGCUCUUUCCAUUGUGUCAGUGUUUUACUACAUGAAGCCUCUGUAUGAUGGUGUUGGAGGGAAUGCUAUGUGGGCAGUUAUGACAGUUGUAGUUGUUUUUGAGUACACUGUAGGUUCCACACUUUAUAAGUGUGUAAAUAGAGCUAUUGGAACAUGUCUAGCCGGAUCUCUAGGAAUUGGUGUUCAUUGGGUUGCUAGUCAAGCUGGGGAUAAAUUUGAACCUGUUAUUCUCCAAGCUUCAGUUUUUCUCUUAGCUGCUGCAGCAACCUUUUCUCGGUUUAUACCUACAAUAAAAGCGCGAUUUGACUAUGGUGCCAUGAUCUUCAUCCUUACAUUCAGCUUAGUGUCAGUGUCAGGCUAUCGCGUUGAUAAGUUGGUUGAAUUGGCUCAUGAAAGGGUCUCCACAAUUGCUAUUGGGGCCUCCAUCUGUAUUUUAAUUACCAUGAUUCUUUGUCCUGUAUGGGCUGGUACUGAGCUGCAUCAUCUCAUUAGCAGUAACCUGGAAAAACUUGCUGAUUCCUUGGAAGGAUAUGCUGCUGAGAACUUCAUAUUAGAUAGCAGCAAUCAUUCAAAUGAGAAAGACUCCAGUAAGAGACUGCAAGGCUAUAAAUGUGUACUUAAUUCUAAGGCUGGUGAAGAAUCCAUGGCCAAUUUUGCUAGAUGGGAGCCAGCACAUGGAAAAUUCAAUUUCCGACAUCCAUGGAAACAGUACCUCAAGGUUGGAGCUUCAAUGAGAAGCUGUGCCUAUUGCAUUGAGACCCUCCAUGGUGGCAUCAACUCCAAUACUGAGACUCCUGAGUUCCUUAAGAAGCCUCUCAACGAUAUCUGCAUGAGAUUAGGUACCAGCUCCUCCAAGGUGCUAAAAGAGCUGUCGAGUAUGAUAAAAAUGAUGAAAAAUUCAACAAAGCUAGAUAUACUUGUUGAUGAAAUGAAUUCUUCAGUAGAAGGACUUCAAAAUGCCCUCAAGACCUUCCCAAGUUACCAGCAUAUACCAACCCCAGAUCCUGCAACUGACGAGCCACCUAAUGGUACAAAAGAGCCUAGCUUGAAACCUAUUGCUUUAUCGCUCAUGGAAAUUGUUCAAAUGGCCACUCUAACAUCACUGCUCGUAGAAAUAGCAUCAAGAAUAGAAGGGAUUGUAGAGGAGGUCAAAGAACUGGCAACUCAAGCAGAAUUCAGGGAUGAAAGCAGCAAGAAGUCCAAACAAACUCAGACAAAACUAAAUGGAAAUGAUAGUAAUGAACAUGAAGUAACAAUGACAACUGUUCAAAAAGUCUGAGUUAAUUACCAUUACAGGAUGAACUGAACUUGGUGGGGAUUUGACAGGCUCCCCGCUUUUAUGAGACAUCUGUCACUAUAAACUGCAUAUUGUACAGAAAACAGAUGACUGUCAUUACUAUAGUAGGGACAUUUGAGGAAAUAUAGGAUGAGCUUUCUUUCUCCUUCUCUUUUGCUGCAUCUCUCUCUCUAUCUCUUAUCUCUUUCUCCAUUUUUCUACUCUUGAAAUAAGCGCAGAGGAUAAAGAACCAUGUUUUUACACUCUGAACUUUUUUGUUGACCCAAAUGCAUUUGCGCAAGCUUAACUAGUUAGUAGAAAUACAAAUGAUACAAUGAGAAUAACU